AUGGGAAGUCUAGGACACGAAACGACUCCAUUACAAGUCGCCAUUGUCGGCACCGGAAUCGCAGGACUCACAGCCGCGAUUGCGCUUCGCCAGCACCCGAAUAUCAAUGUCGUGCUGUACGAGAAAGCCACGGAGUUGAAGGAGAUUGGCGCCAGUAUCACGCUGGGGCCAAAUGGGUUGAGGACGUUGGAGCGGUUGGGGUUGCAGGAUUGUAUUACGGAUCAGGUGGCGUAUCGGGGACCGAAUCCGAUUUCGAGGAUUUAUAGACAUUGGAAAACAAACGAAAUCAUCGGCGAGGAUUUCUACGAGAAUGUUUCGGAACCAUUACAUUACACGGCUCGAUUCCAUCGCGGACAUCUCCAACAAGCGCUCCUGAAACAUAUUCCCCGCGAUACUAUCCACCUCAAGAAGAAACUCGUAUCAGUGACCGUACACCCGGUUGAUGGCGUACAAAUGACAUUCCAAGACGGAACGACUGCAACCACUGAUCUUUUGAUCGGAGCUGAUGGUAUUGCUUCUGGUGUCCGGAAAUCCUUCGCCCCAGACUUCAAGCUGGAAUGGAGUGGUCACACCGCCUUCCGCGGCAUCUUCCCCGCCUCCCUCGUCGCCCCCAUCGCCGGCGUCCCCCUCGACUCAACCCACUGGUGGGGCCCCGACACCAACUUCUUCGCCACGCGCCUAGCACGGGACCUCUUCACCGUGCAAGGCGGCAUCUACGCCGAUCCCAACGACCCCGUUGCCAUCGCUAAGUUCCGGGAUGGAGGGCGCUGGGAUAGGGAGGCUGAUGUUGAGUUGUUGAGGGAGAAGUAUGUUGACUGGAACCCCGUCGUCCAGAACCUAGCAAACACCUGCCCCGACAUCCGCUACUACCCCAACUACUUCUGCGGCUCCUCCCUGCCCACCUGGAUCUUCGGCCUGGGCCGGGUGACGCUAAUCGGCGACGCAGCGCACGCGCACGGCGGCGCCUUCGCGACGGGCGGCUCGCUGGCGAUUGAUGAUGCGUAUGCCCUUUACUUGGCGAUCCUAGAAGUGUAUCCCGUGACGGAGACGGGGAGGAGGUUAGGGAGGGAAGGGGUGGAGAGGGCGUUGCGGUUAUACGAGAGCACGAGGAGGCCGCAUGCGGUGAGGUUGUUGAAGGUUGUGCAUGCUAAUAAUGAGAUGAAGACGCGGAAGAUACUUGCUGAGACGAGGGAGACGGAUGAGGAGCUGAGGGCGAGGGCCAAGGCCGGGAGUGGGACGACGUGGUUGCAUGAGCAUGAUGUUGUGAAGGCGUUUGAGGAGGUUGUUAGGGCUGAGAGGGAGAGGGGGAAAGGUGUUUCAGAGGUGACGGCUCGAUAG